UUUUUUUGUUUUCAUCAACUGGUUUGCGUGGAGCCAUUUUUCCACUCUGUGACUGUCUGACCCGGGUGCUUUUGAAACAGGUUUUGCUUUGCUUCUUUGGCACUCUGCAACCAUUGUGUACUACCAAAGCCAUUUGCUGCCAUUUUUCACAUCAUAAUCUUUCAGUGAUUUUCUUGUCUCAAAACAAAAUCCUUUGAACAAUACUAAGACUCUAAGCAGAAACACACACACACACAAUUUUUAUUUUUUUUUGGAAGCUCAAUGUUACUACUAUCUAUCUACCCUUCUCACAAUCACAAAGUCAAUGCUCCCACUUAACUGUUUUGUUUCUCCUAUGUGGAUCUGAGUCUCCUUCUUGCACCUCAUUCCCUUGGAUGAAGCUUCUCUAAACCUUCCUGGCUUCCUCACCGUAAAUGUAACUUCUGUUUUUUCUUAAUGUUUUCUUUGUUUUUCAUGAGUUUCUCAUCUGGGUUUGGGAUUGGUGCUGCUGAUAGUGAUGAACAGUUGAAACAAAAUCAAGGUGGGACAACAAAAAAGCCUUAUUUUUGUCUGAUGUAGACAAACUGUGAGAUCCUAGAGGACAAGACCAUAAUAUCCCCCUCAAGACUCAGUCAUGUAUAGACCAUUCAUGACAUGUGAUGAUCCAAAAGGGGUUGUUGAGUGUGGGGCAAUAAGGAAAUACAGAACCAGUUCUCAGAAAAUGAAGGAAAAGACAAAAAAUAGGAGGCCGGCUGAGACAUCCUUGGCAAACAAACAAGACAAAGAAGAGAAGGUUUCAAAAGGAUCUACAGAAAGGUCUUUUGAUCCAUCAUCCUUGCAGCUCAUGGAGGUAUCCAGAGGGGCUCAAAGGUUGAACAACAUGAUUGAUUCAUGGUCUAGGGGUCUUAGGUAUGAUGGAAGGUCUGAAGAUAUAGCAAAAGAUUUGCUAAAAGGGGCUCUUGACCUGCAAGAGUCUCUACUAAUGCUUCGGAAGGUGCAAGAGGCUUCACAACACAUGGCUAGUUUGAAGAGAAGACAAAAUGAAAAACCGGAAAGAGGCAAAUUUGAUGCCAAGGUGAUUGAUAGAACUACACAUUGUGAUCAUUUUGGUGAACAGAGUUAUCCAAUGGGGUUCCAAAGGCGUUGGCCUUCAGCUGAUGGUUCUUCAAGUAGUUGCAAUGAGGAGCUUAAGAAAGUGAUCAAAGAGAGCCUGGUUAGGCAAAAUUUGUUCACAACCACUGAAGGGUUGGAUUCAGCAUCCACAUUCCGCUCUACAAACUCAAGCCAGUCUUCUGUGGCUUGGAAUGAUAGGCUUUCUGAUUCUUCUUCGUUCUCACCAACAACUUCAAGGAGAGAAAGAGGAUCCAAUCUGGUUGCCAAGCUGAUGGGUUUGGAAGAAGCCUCUUCAAGAUCAUUUCCAGCUGUUAUACAGAAACAGUUGGAGAGUCCAAAGAUUCUGAAUCACAAGAGGCCUGUAUCUGACAUAGAUAUGCCUAAGGUAAGAAAAAAUGUUGGGAAGGUUAAUCUAGAACAUAAGAUGACCUUGAAGGAAAUUCUUGAGACUACUCAUUUCAAUGGACUUUUAAAGAGUCCUGUCAGAGAGCCUAAGGUUCAGGUCCAUCAUUCCAUUGAUCCACAUUACAAACAUUUUGGUGAUUUACCUCCCAUUGUACUUAUGAAACCUCGGUGUACUCCAUAUCGAGAAUGUGUGAAAAGUUAUGAGCAUGUUGUUCCUCCAGAAGAGUUAUCCCUUAGAAAUCUAAAAGCAAAAUUUGUCCCUUCCAAAGUAUUCCAACACAGAGAAGGCUCAACCACCAACAUGGGAAAGAAAAUGGAAGAACAUGUAUCCAAAAGGCUUGCCAAAGAGGAAAGAACUAAGCUCCUCAGCGAGGUUGUGGAGCUGAAGGAAAAAGAAAUCAAGCCUAUUGAAAAUGAGAAAGCUCCAGGAGGUAAGGUAAAACUGCAUAGUCAUGUCAGUCACAAAUCACAUGUAAAUGAAACUGUUGAUAAAAAAGCUAAGGUAAAGACCAUUACCACUAGUAAAAAGCUAUCAGAAAAGGAGGCUUCAAAACCCAAACAACAACAACAACAAAGCCUUAUCCCACGCGGUGAGGUUCCAAAACUCAAAGUUGUGACGAAAUCUCAAGAUCAAGGAGAAAUUAGCUCUACAAGUACAAAGUUGAGGAAGCCACAAAGUGGGUCCAGAAUUGACAAGAAUGAGAUUCCCAACAGGAAGACCACUGCUUCAAAUUCAAACACCAUCUCAAAACCAAAGAGUCAAAAGAUCAGUAAUACCAAUUCCAAGGAGCAGAAAAAGAAUCAGAUGAAGAAGCAAAAGCCUGCUGUUGCUGAGCCUGAAGCGGCUAAACCAGUUUUAGGACCAGAAGAAGCAGAUAGUCUUGAUGUUUCUUGUAAAGAUGAUUGCCCUGAGAUUAGAAUAAUCACUACAAUAACAGAUGAUCUUGCGGUGGAGCAUGAAGAAGUAGAUGCAUCUGCAAAUAAGAUUAGAGAAAUUUGUGAGCAAAGCCAGGGUUCUUCAAGUGAUGAUAUUUUGAUGCUUAAGUCUGAACAUGAAAAUGAUUCUAUCCCUGCUGAGGAAGCUCAUAGCAUCACCAAUAUCAGUGAAACCGAUCGUGAGCCUGACAAAGACAGUUCUGAGCUAAAAUAUUUGCUUCUAACUAGUCAGUCAUUUAUUGGACAUGCAGAAGAGCUCCUCAAUCUUGAUGUUGACUGUCCCAAGAUCCUACCAAGAAGUAAAACUAAGGAAAUAGCCAAUCUCAGACUUUAUUUAGAUUGUGCAAAUGAACUCACUGAGCGAAAAAGCCUUCAGGGGACACAAGCAGUUCACCCUUUGUUGCUAACUUGUGCAGGGCAUUCAAGAUAUCACAUCUCUUUAGGGAGGUUGGUUGAUGAAGUCUAUAGUGCCAUUGAGCAUCUAACAUCUUACAGUGAAAAACUAGCUUCAGAUAAUAUCUAUGCAAUGAUGGAGAGAGAUAUAAAGAGCAACAAUGGACUGAUAAACGGAAUAUGGAACUGGGGUUGGAGGCAUGGAUUUUCCGCAGAUGAAGCUGAGCAAGUUGUCAAUGAAGUAGAGAACCUAGUUUUAGGUGAAUUGAUUGAGGAGGUAAUUGUAAAUUUAUGAUUACAUAUUUUGAGACAUGUAUACAGCCUUUAGAUAUCAGCAUCUUCACCUUGUAUAUAAGGAGUCAUUCAAUUGAUAAAAGAAAGAAGAGUUGAACCCCUUGGCUGCAGAAGUCGCAUAAUUUUGCUAUGAACAGCUUUUUGUCUUAGAAUAAUACUAUUUUCAA